AGGAUGUCACGGCAGGAAAAAAGUCAAAUAGCCUGGAACAUUGGGCGCCUACCGGCACUCAGGUGGCUGGUUCGAGUCGAGCUAGCUCUCCUAUGAAACAUUCAGUGCCUCGCCCUAAUUUCAACUUGUCGACCCCUCCUCCUAUCCUCAUGCUCAUUCCUUGGCCGCGGCACAUAUCAUUCGCCUUCAUAUCAGCAGCGAGUGCUGAGCGGAUCUUUGCCUUCACAAACAGGUCGCUGACCGCUACCGCUCGGUUAGCACCGCAUCAGAAAUCAUCAACAAUCAGCUCAGAGCCGCUCCUUGACAACCUCUGCUUUCAACCGCCAUGGGGCAGUUCUCAAACGCUGUAAUCCACCUCGCCAAAUCUUCCGCCAGCAAGCGCGAGGUGGCAGGUCAGGGUGGCUUGCUUAAUGGCGCCGAUCCCUCGGCCUUCAACACCUCGGAUCCGUUGCGGCUGUGGAUUAUACAGCUUGGUGUUAUUCUGUUGAUGACGCAGAUAUUGUCGCUCUUUCUAGGCAAGAUAAGACAACCUAAGGUGAUCGCAGAAGUUAUAGGAGGUAUCCUAUUGGGCCCUACCGCGUUCGGGCGUAUUCCUGGUUUCACGCAGCACAUAUUCCCAGCCGACUCCAAACCCUAUCUGUCUCUUGUUGCAAACAUCGGACUAUGUCUCUUCUUAUUCCUGGUCGGCCUCGAGAUCGAUGGCUCAAUCGUGAGGCGUAACUAUCGAAAAUCCACCGCCAUCACGCUCGCGGGCAUAGCACUCCCAUUCGGCCUUGGUGCAGGCCUAUCCGUGCCCUUAUAUCGCACCUUCAUCAGCCCUUCGGUCAAGUUCACGAACUACAUGCUCUUCACAGGUGUCGCAUACUCGAUCACUGCGUUCCCCGUGCUAUGCCGUAUCCUUACUGAGCUCAAGCUGCUCGAUACAAACGUCGGCAUUGUUGUGCUGUCUGCUGGCGUCAAUGAUGACGUCGUUGGUUGGGUCCUCCUUGCCCUGAGUGUGGCACUAGUGAAUGCGACGUCUGGACUGACGGCACUGUGGAUUCUGCUGGUUUGCGUUGCAUGGGCUCUUUUCCUGCUUUUCAUCAUGAAGCGCAUCAUGUAUUGGCUUGCGCGGAGGACCGGGUCUAUUGAAAAUGGCCCUACUGUAUUUUUCAUGACAUGUACUGUUUUACUACUCUUUGGUUCUUCAUUCUUCACAGAUAUAAUUGGGGUUCAAGCGAUUUUUGGAGCCUUUUUAGCGGGUCUCAUAAUUCCUCGGGAAGGAGGAUUAUGUAUCGCUCUUACAGAGAAAUUAGAGGAUAUGGUCUCUGUGAUAUUUUUGCCAUUGUACUUUACCCUCUCCGGGCUCAACACUAACCUUGGGCUUUUGGAUAACGGCAUCACUUGGGGAUAUACCAUUGCUAUAAUCUCUCUCUCAUUUUCCGGCAAGUUCGGUGGCUGCACUCUUGCUGCGAGAUGCGUCGGAUUCUCGUGGCGUGAGUCGAGCACCAUUGGCUCGCUGAUGAGUUGCAAGGGUCUCGUAGAACUCAUCGUCCUUAACGUCGGCCUCGAAGCUGGCAUUCUCUCUCAGCGCGUCUUCUCCAUGUUCGUGCUGGAGGCACUCGUACUCACGUUCAUGACGACGCCCCUCGUGGUCGUGCUGUACCCGCCGAGGUUGCGAGAGCCUGCUGGCUCCGGCUCUGGGCCACUCGCCGACGACCAUGCUGGCAAAGAUGAACCGGACGGGAAGACGACACACAGCUCCAGCACGCAUGGGCCCGAGAGCGGAAUAAAGGACGAGGGCGUAGACGGAGAAGGCGAGCGCAAGACCCGCUUUAUGGUCAUCCUGGACAAGAUCGAGCACCUUCCUGGCGUGCUGGCACUGACACAUUUCAUCCAGCCUCCGCCCAUAGAUGAUGCGCACGUGAGAGAGAACAGGAAGAGCUUCCUCCCACCGUAUUCGUUAUCAAACAAAGAUCAGGACAAGCAGCAGCGCCCGGAAUAUCGCCGCCGUGGGUCAAGCGACGUCAACAUACAUGCGCUGCGCCUGAUCGAGCUAUCGGACCGCACGUCAGAUGUGAUGCGGGGCUCAACUAUGGACACGCUGAGCAACAGCGACUCGCUGCUGAACAUAUUCAGCACAUUUGGCAACCUGAACGGCAUGUCCGUAUCCUCGUCCAUGGAUAUCGUCCCAUACGACAAUCUUGCAUCCAGCGUUGCGGAUCACGCGCGGCAGCACAGGUCCCAACUUGUGAUCAUACCCUGGCUGCCCGCCCAACGCUCCCCCGUGCUGACCCCCCAAGUAACCGAUGCCUAUGGAGACGGCAGCACCAGCGGAGGGCCGGUCACACCACGUGCGGAGUCAGCGUACAUGUCCAAUCCGUUCGACACAUUCUUUGGCGGGAGCAGCUCAACCCUGUCCCCAUCCGCACUGCACUCGCAAUUCGUCCGCAGCGUCUUUGCAGAGGCGCGCACUGAUGUCGCAUUGUUCAUCGACCGCGGCGAGCGGGACAUGCCAGCGUCCAAUAGCCAGCAGCACAUCUUCUUGCCGUUCUUCGGCGGCCCGGACGAUCGUCUUGCGCUGGACUUUGUGGUGCAGCUGUGCGCGAACCCAAGAGUGACAGCGACAGUUGUGCGACUGGUGAAGCACGAGAUCGAGGAGCUCGUCGAGGUGCCCUCGAUUGAGAAACCGGAAGUGGCGUACUUUGGCGACCUACGUCAGAAUGAGCUGUCGCCAGCCACGACGAUCGCGCUCCCUGAUACCGCCUACGGACACCAGUCAACACAAACUCGCUUGCAGUCGGAAACCGCGGACAACCUCAUGUGGUCUCGAUAUGCCAAUCGGUCCCUUACUGGCGAUGACGAGCUAUCGAGGCUAUCGGAAGCGCUAUCUCGCAUUGAGUUCAGACAGGAAUCCACGCCGAAACCGCUGCGCACGAUGGUGCAAUGGGAGUCACAAACUACCGGGGAAGCCAACAACAGACGGUGUAGACCCAUGAUUGUUGUCGGCCGUUCACGUCGUAUGGCCGUGUUGAACCAUCAGCCCGAAUUCAAACAACUGAUGGAUGAAUACGGUGCCCUUGGAAGCGAGAUAAGGAAGACGGUGGGCGACGUGGGCGCGGCGCUAAUGGUCGCGGGCUGCAAGGCCAGCAUCGUCAUCUUCCAGGCGGCAAAUGUACCUUACGAUUGAUUAUUGAGGACAUGAUCAGCCCGUUUUAGAGGAUGAUCUACGACAUGACACGACUUUACCACACACAUACGAUCAUACCAUUCACAUGUAUCAUACGUAUCAGUAUCGAAUCUCCAUGAGACGGCGAGUUGUCAGUGAGAUGCAGUUUGAGAAAGUCAAAAAAAGAACAUAGCGCCUAAUAAGACAUGAUAAGAUACAGCUGAAAAGAUGAGAACGCAAGCACACCACCCCGGUCCCGACAUUACUCUUUACUCUUCUUCUUCUCCUUCUUCUCCUUUUUCUCCUUCUUCUCCUCCUUCUCUUUCUUCCGCGAAGGCUCCUCAUCCUGUGAAUCUCAUUCAAUUGGAAGGCCUUCUUUGAGAAUGGAGCAAUAGACGCACCUCGGCCGCCGCUUUCUCCUUCUCCUUCUUCGCCUUUUUCAAAGCCUUCUUCUCCUCCUUCGAAAGUUUCGGUUU